AUGUUAUUUCAGUUCAUAAUAGAGAUUAAAUCUUCCAUUAAGGUCUUGGAAACUCAGAUGGGGCAGUUGACUACUCAAAUUGCCAACCAAACUCAAGUGAAAAAAGAAUAUGAGGGACCAAGGGCAGAGCGACAAGUGGUUGAAGAGGACAAGGAUCAACAAGCACCAACACCAACUCAAGACAAGAAAAAGACUAUUGAAGGUUUGCAGAAAAAGAAACUUCACCUCCUACCAGCAUUGAUCAUCAUAUCAAAAUUCCCUAUCCUUAAAGGCUUUUCAAGAAUAACAUGGACAAGCAAUUCAGCAAAUUCCUUGAAAUAUUUAAGAAAUUGCACAUCAACAUUCCAUUUGAGAGGCCUUGGAAAAAAUGCCAGCUUACCUGAAGUUCGUGAAAGAUAUUCUAUCCAAGAAAAGGAAAUGACUCUACAAAUGGCAGACCGCUCUUUGACUAAUCCUCGGGGUAUAAUUGAAGAUAUUUUGGUAAAGGUUGGUAAGUUUGUCUUCCCUGCUGAUUUUUUAAUACUUGACAUGGAGGAAGAUGAAAUAUUCCCAUCAUUUUGGGAAGACCAUUCUUGGCUAUGGGAAGAACUAUAA